CUGAAGGACGAAAGUCUUUUCUGUCCUUUGCUGUUGGGAAAUUCUUAAUCAUGCAAUCCAAAGGAUUUUAUGGACAAAACUGGAAUUCAAAAGUAUGACUCUUACAGAUUGGAAUGUGAGCAAAUAGCAGUACUUCUGGAGGGAGGUGUCAAUUCCGGCACAAGAAAUAUCAACACAUUGCAUUUGAAAAUACUUGUGUCAAGUGUGUCGUCACUGUUACCAUUACUGAAGCAAUACUAAACUAAAUGCUGAAGAAUCAAAUUUUCUUUGGUGAAAAAAAACCUGGUGUAAGCUUAUUACAGAUCCAAUCAAGAUGGAAGUGAUCAAGAAUAUAACAAAAACAAGAUUUGCAAUGAUGUAUGAUUCCAUAUAAUGUGCAAAUAAUAUUUUCCAGACACCUAAAAAUGACUUGUCAAACAUUUGUGUAUGAUACUUUCCAAAAACCUACUUAUAUUGUCCACAAGUCAGCCAGUACUGUUUUCCUAACACCUUCCAAUGAUACAAUAUGAUAUUUUCCUAACAACUUCCACUACUACACCAGCAAUACAACAUGCUUCAUGUGUUGAUAACAAUCAGCACUAUUGUGAUUUCUUUGCAGAAGAACUGAAAUGUAGUAUUUCAUGCAUAUAAUCUUUGAUAUAAUUCUCAGGGUUAAAAUAAAUAACCUUAAAAGGCUGAAAGUUUCAAGAUGUAAAUGUUUGUGUCUCCUGCACAGUACUGGUUUUGUUAAGCUUUUCAGAACAUAUCUCAAUAAAGAGAUAAAGUUUAAAGGCUUUAUUGAAAGGUCAUAAAAUAAAUUUCAAAAUCAGAAAAUCAAUUCCCAUUUUUAAAUGUUGAUGUGAAAACCAUGUCCUUUUAAACCAGUGUGACUUUUAAAAGGAUUUCCCAUUACUUCAGACACAAAAAUGUAAUAUUCCGUUAACAACUUUAAAAAGGACAUGAUUGAGAAAUAAGAUUGAAACUGCUAAGAGGAUCUAUAAUCCUUGAACUUUUGAAUUCACAAACUUUAAGGUAAAAAAAUCUUAAGUUUUGAAAUAUUGAACACAGCAACAAGCGUGCCAUUAACCAUGAAGAAUGUUCCAUUUGGACGUGACUCCAAUUUGGAAACCGAAUUCCGCCUGUUUCUCAAAAGAAUAUUACGGCAGACGCAAGACCCCGGAAAUCUCCACCCGAGAAAUUCAAACACUGACUCUUUGUCUGGGCUCGAAUCAACAAAAUUUUUAAUGGUGAAUUCCUCUUCAGGAAGUGGAUAUGACAAUUCCUUAACAAUAUUAUCAAUGGUGGCACCAUCAUCAACUCUAUCCACGAACACGACAGAUGAAAGUGGGCCAUCCGAUUAUUUGCAUUCAAGGAGUAUUACGGCAAUAUCACGGCAUUCCUCCUUAGUGGCCGUGAUGGUGAUUAUGAGUCUGUUCCUUAUCAUCACAAUCUCCACAACUGGUUUAUUGCUAGCUUUCUGCAAGAAGAAAAACACUGUCUUUGCUUUGCAAAAGUGUGAGCAGGAUUCAGAAUAUGAAUUAGAUGACAUGGAGCAGACGGAUAUUGAGAUGUGUGACGAUUCCGAAAUUUCACCCAAGACAAACAAAGUUCGAUCAAGAACUUGCCCCACUUUCAAUAAUAUUACUGAUUCAGAUCGGAGCAGUGAAAGCCCAUCUCGGCAGCCUCUCGUUAAACGAGGCUCAGGAAAAAAAUUAAACGAUGUCAAUGCAAAAAAAAUGCUGCCACGCUCAUUCAUAAUAAAUGUUCUUCAAAAUGUUGGCCAUGAAAAGAUAGUUUUGGAAAAUAUUGACGAUUCUCACAAACCAGCAGACGUCAAUUUAGCCUGUGAGAGCAGACGCCUUGGCUCUGCUACAGUGAUAGUGGAUGUGUGUACGUCACAGAGCGUGUGUGCCUCAGGGGCUACUGUUAAGGAUACGAGGCCAAAUCAUCUCGACUGUAUGGAUCUAUGUGCUGUGGACUUCAACAAUGCUUUGUUGGAUUAAAUCACACAUCACCAAAAA